AUGUCUGUACCGAAGACGAAGUCCUCUUCAAAUGGUUACACAUCUGUACCUCAAGGUGAAAAUCAAGCAGAUAAUCUAAGUAACAGUGAGACCUUGACAAACAACAAUCAAGAAAGAUCAACGGACGAAUAUGAAUUGCAAACUUUGAAUUCUUUGGAUUAUGAAGUGGAAAAUGGCCCUGAAGAACAACAAGAAGAAGAACAGACCGGGUCUUCAACAAUGAAAAUGGCAUUUAUGAAUAUGGCAAACUCAAUAUUGGGAGCUGGGAUCAUUGGACAACCUUAUGCAUUCAGAAAUAGUGGGUUAAUUGGGGGAAUAUUGAUAAUGAUACUAUUGACAGUGCUAAUUGAUUGGACAUUACGAUUAAUCAUUAAAAACUCAAUAUUAUCACAAACAAAAUCUUACCAAGACACUGUAAAUUAUUGUUUUGGUGUUUGGGGUAAAAUUGUUUUAUUAGUUUCAAUUUGUUCCUUUGCAUACGGUGGAUGUAUGGCAUUCUGUGUCAUCAUUGGCGACACCAUUCCUCAUGUUUUAAAAGCAUUCAUCCCGGAGUCAAUAACGAGGUCUGAUGGUCCAUUGGGUUGGUUGUUUGCUAGAAAUACCAUUAUUGUUUUGUUCACCACUUGCAUAUCCUAUCCUUUAUCGUUAAACCGAGAUAUUUCAAAAUUAGCAAAAGCAUCUGGAUUUGCUUUAGUUGGAAUGUUCAUCAUUGUUGUCCUCACUAUUUUUAGAGCACCUUUUGUUUCACCUACUAUAAAGGGUGAAUUGACAAUAAAAGAGUGGACUGUCAAUGCCAAUAUUUUCCAAGGGAUUUCAGUCAUUUCAUUUGCAUUAGUUUGUCAUCAUAACACAAUGUUCAUUUAUCAGUCAAUGAAAAACCCAAGUUUAGCCAAGUUUUCCAAAUUGACACACAUAUCGUGCCUUGUUUCCAUGAUUUUUUGUAUGAUCAUGGCCAUAAAUGGAUUAAUCAAUUUCGGAGACAUUACAAAGGGGAACAUUCUCAAUAAUUUCAAAAGUAAUGAUAAUUGGAUCAAUAUUGCCCGAUUUUGUUUUGGAUUGAAUAUGUUAACAACUUUCCCAUUGGAGAUAUUUGUUGUUCGUGAUGUUUUGAAAGAGAUUAUAUUGGCCAAGAAGGCAAGUGUUGACGGCAGCACUGCAGACUUGGAGUUGAGCUCCAAACAGCAUUUCUUCAUUACUAGUUUCCUAGUGUUCAGUUCAAUGUCAGUGGCAUUAUUCACUUGUAAUUUGGGGAUGAUUUUAGAAUUGGUUGGUGCCACGUCGGCGUCGCUUAUGGCCUAUAUAAUACCUCCUUUGUGUUAUCUAAAAUUGUCAUGGAAUCAAGUGGACUAUAAACUGGCAAUGCCUAAAGAAAAGAAAAAGUUUAUUAUAUUCAAGGCAAUUCCAAGCAUUGCAUGUGUAUUAUUUGGUUUUGCGGUUAUGUUUAUUUCCUCAUUUAUGACAAUUAAAAAUACAAGCUCUGAUGGCGGAGACCAUUGUGUAAUAGAUUAA